GAUCAGCUGAAGAAAUGCUUCUCCAGACAGACCCCAGAAGCGAAGGACACGGACACGCUGGUGCAGGAGCCCGACAGCCAGUACGGCACCUGGAACGAGCAGCGGCACAGCGGGGACAGCUUUGUUCCCGAAUCUCCUUUGUCAGAAAACGAUGCCAUUUCAACAAGAAAGCAACCUCCAAAUAGCCACCCGUCUUCACUGUCCUCUCAAACGGAACCUGCCUCCCUGGUUGAUCACCAUGACUUCUCAAAAGACCAAAGGAGCACCAGUUUGGACCGUUCCAGCACUGACAUGGACUCUACUGAUGGGACUGAUUUACCUCCUCCAGGAGACACCUACCCUGAUGAAAAGACCACUGAUUUCUCUUUCAUUGAUCAAACGACUGUUCUGGACUCCAGCGCGCUGAAAACUCGUGUACAGCUCAGCAAAAAGAGACGCCGUCGAGCUCCUAUUUCCCACUCCCUUCGGAGAAGCAGAGGGCUGGAGUUUGAAAACAGGUUUUCUUUGACGGAAGAACCAGAUAGUACCUGGAUGUUUAAAGAUUCCACAGAAGAGAAGAAAGCUAUGCAACAGGAAGAUUCCGAUGAGGAGGAAAAGGUACAGCAUAGUGUGAGAUCGAGCGCUGGACAAGCUCAGAGACUUCCUGUGUUUCCAGGAAUGGACCACUCUGUUCUCAAGGCCCAACUGCGGAAAAGACAAGAGUCUGAGAGUCCUGGUGAAGUAGGUUCUGCUCAGCUGUUCAAAUCCCCUAAACCACAACUGCAGCUUGGAACUCCUGGUAGCAGACUGCUGCCCUCCAGUGUAGAGAAGGAGGACAGGUCAGAAGAAAAGUCUCCUCAGUGGCUGAAGGAGCUGAAAUCAAAGAAGAGACAGAGCCAUUAUGAGAAUCAGGUUUGAAAAGAUAGUGGUUCUAACCAGAGGAAGAUAAAGAAGUUUAACAGAAGCCUUAACUCAUCUGAACCUAAAAUUCACAUGUCAUGUUGCUGCUGUUCGCUUCCUGCCUCAACUGCUAUGUGCAUGGUGCCUUCCUGUUUUGUGGAGAAAGCUGCUUAAUAUUCAUAGUCAAAUACAAAGCUGCAUCUUUUCAGCGAUGGGAGGACAGUCACUUCAGACCUGCCUGGAAGAAGAUCC